AUAUAAAAGUUAAAAGAUAAGAGAUGGAGGAUUAAUUACUCUUGGACUGCCCCAUAUAUAACUUGUUCAUCUAUAUGAACAUGGAGGAUUUAUUGUUUUCUCUUUUCUUUUAUGACACUCCAUCUCUUUGAUUGAUUCCGUUUAACCCCUACAGUCCUUGAAUCUCAAAAACCCACAAACAGUUUUGUCUUUCUGAGCUUUGAGACACAAACACGUUGAUACAUACUUUGUUUUUGUUCAAGAUGAUCCAGCUAUUGUUCAUAGUGAUAAUCUCAGAGAUGGCUCUGAUUCUGGCGUGUUUGUUCAGAACACCAUUGAGGAAGCUGGUGAUAGUGGGCCUGGAUCAGAUCAAGCGGGGACGUGGACCUGUGGUGGUGAAGACGGCGGCGGGAACGGUGUUUGUGGUGUUGUUGACCAGCCUCUACGGUAUGGUGAAGAUCAAGAGGAGUGGAGCCGAUGCAGUUGGGAUUCUUAGUCCCACGGAUCAGAUCCUCAUGUUUAAGCAUCUACUUGAAGUCACCCUAAUGGGGUUCUUCCUAUUCCUUGUUCUUAUGAUAGACAGAAUACAUCACUACAUUAGAGAGCUUCGUGUACGAAGAAAGACCAUGGAGGCUAUAAAGAAGCAGAACCGAGGAUCUGAGGAUGGAAAAGCUGGUGGUUUGGACGAGGUCAAGGCCUUGGAGAAUGAGAUGUCUACAUCACGCUUAAGAAUCAAACAACUAGAAUCUAACAUUGAGACAACGACGAAAGAAGCUCAUGCUGCAGAAGCCAGUGUUGAUGCUCUGAGGAAACAAUCUGAAGGCUUCCUUCUUGAGUAUGAUCGGUUACUUGAAGAAAAUCAAAACUUAAAAAACCAAUUGCAGUCAUUGGACCGGAAAGUGUCACAUUCAGGUAGCAAGAAAGAUCCAUAAGGAAUUGGGCAUCUGUGGAUACUUUGUUUUAUUUCUUUAGAUUUCAUAUUUUUCAUAUACUAGAUGUUUGGGAGUUGCCGGAUGGAUUUAUUUCUACAUUUCAACUGCCAUAUAUACGUUGUCAGUGUGGAGAAAAUGGGACAGAAAAAGAAAAAGGAAACAUGGGGAGUAGGGUUGUUACUUCUUGUUGGAUGAACUUUAUGAGAAGUUGAUUCUUGAAGUAGAAUGGAGCAGUUUUGUCAUGAAAAAUUGUGAUACAGUUUGAAGGUAGUAAAUUAUUUUCAGAGUUUUGGCUA